AUGGAGUCUAAAAUAUUUAAGUUUAUCUGCGCUAAUACAGGAUCUGUGGACGUGGACGAUUUGAUGUCUAAUCACUUCCCAGGCGAGUCCACCAACAAGAUUAUUUCCAACCAACAGAAGUUUGUCUUCUAUUCUUCAAAUGGGAAGCAGAAAGUGGUGGCCUGGACCAGUCUGAAACUGUGCAGAGUUAAAGCUUGUCAGGGGCCGUGUGGAGAGCUACACCUCUGUAAAUACUUCCUUCUCAGCGGUAUCUGUCCAUUACCGGUAUAUGAAAGAAAAGACUGCAGUUUUUCCCAUGAUCUGAGCUCUGACCACAACCAACGGGUACUAAAACAUCAUGAGCUGGAGGGUCUGACCAGAGACGAGCUUUGUACGCUGCUAAUGCAGAAUGACGACUCACUCCUGCCUUCUAUAUGUCGUGAUUACAAUAUCGAUGGUGGCAAAUUUGGUCAGUGCCAGAGCGAAGAUAUCUUCUGCAGUAGGCUUCACAUUUGUGAGCGGUUCAUGAAUGAAGACUGCAAUUGCUCCAGGAACCAUGAUUUUAAAGCUUCCCACAUAUUAAUAACCUUAAAUGGUGAAGGGGUUCCUUUCACACUCAUUCACUCCCUGAAGUCCAUUUACGCAAAUAAUGCAGCGUUGAGACUUUCUGGAAACCAGAUCUCUGCUACAAACCCUGGUGCAACAGGUGAUGGUAGUCAGACUUUAGAACAAAGCAGUGGCAGCAAGGAAGAUGGAAGAAACAUGGGUGACAGCCUACGGAAACAACAAACCGCUGCCAUUGAUCAGAAAGGUUUUGACCUUGGUUCCUUAAAAUUGUACACUGAAGAGGGACACAAGGGAAAUCAGCCACAAGAUUCUAAUUCACCCAGCAGUGAUGUCUCUGCUGCAGCCACCAACACUGUAGCCAGCAGCAACGCUGAUCAAAACACGCCCAAGAAAAUUGAUCUGCAAUAUAAAGCGAUAUCUAUCAAGAAGAAAAACAGCAACUCGAACAACCAUCAGCUGCCUCACAGUUUCUGUCUCUCUGAUUACGGUGCUGCUGCUGCAAGCGUUGGAAGAAGUGGAGAUGAACAGAAUAGAUGUCAAAAGUCGGCUACGGAUAAAACUGUGAUAUGCAUGUACUUCGUUCAAGGCUACUGUAAGCAUGGGGAUCAAUGUACCAAUGCUCAUGACAAGAUGCCGUACAGAUGGCAGGUUCAGGAAGGUGAUCGGUGGACCAGCCUGCCUGAUAACGAGACAAUCGAGAGGGACUACUGUGACCCAAGCAACACUUUCAGCAGUGGUAACCCACCUGUUUAUUUUGACACAAUGAGAUGUGGAGAGCGCAAAGUAAGAAGACUCUCAACUCCGAACUCUGUGAGUGAACCGGACUCCCUCUACACCACAGAGUGGCUCUGGUACUGGCAGGAUGAUUUUGGACAGUGGAAUCUGUACGGUACAAAUGACGGCCAACUCAGACCAGCAGACGUUGACAGUAAAUAUCUGGAUAAGGCGUUUCUGAACAAUCCAGAUGUGGUGGAGUUCACUGUAGGCAAACAUUCAUAUUCACUCAGCUUCCAAGACAUGCUACAAACAAACAAGGGUUACGGCACAAAGAGGCUCGUGAGAACAUGUCCUCGGUUUGUUUCUGCUGCAGAUGUACAAGCAAAAACUGUGAGAAUGCCAGUAAAUACUAUGUCUGUGCCAGACAACUGGGACAAGACACAGAUCCCUCAAACAGGAUUCUCGACAAUUCCCCUUUCACAAACGUCAGAAGAAUUUAAAAACAUUCAAGCUCUUUUCUGUGGAACUAUGAAAGACUUUAAAAUCAUCAGCAUAAAGAGAAAUCAGAACAAAGCCCUCUGGGAAGUCUUCCAGUGGCAAAAUAAUUUGAUGAAGGACAAUAACGGUGGACGAUAUGUAACAGAAAAACAACUUUUUCACGGCACGGACUCCAACCAUGUGGACGCCAUUUGCCAUAAUAAUUUUGACUGGAGGAUCUGUGGGACUCAUGGAACAAGUUUUGGGAAAGGUAGUUACUUUGCUCGAGAUGCUUCAUACUCCCACAAGUACACGGGCGACACUCAAGUCAAAUCCAUGUUCAUCGCCCGGGUGCUGGUGGGAAGCUACAUCGAAGGAUCCUCUCACUAUGUUCGACCUCCUUCCAAAGAUGGUGGAAACACAAACUUCUACGACAGCUGUGUGAACAAUGUCACAAACCCCUCUAUAUUUGUUGUGUUUGAGAAGCACCAGAUCUAUCCCGAGUACCUGCUGCACGAUGUCAGCUACACCAUCCCAUCAAAGCAGGAUAGUCUUCCCACCUUUAAAACUACCAGCUUUUCAACCCAGUUCUUCCUCACAGACAUUUGGUAA